CCCAGUUUAGAUAAUAGAUAAGAUGUAUAGAUAUGAAGCAUUCUUGUGUUGUCUCGUCGCAACUUUUAUGGUUCAACAUACCACUGAAGCAGCAUUGCCGAGCCUUUACAUCGUUAUCCGGAGCCAACCUAACUCUUAUCAUGAAAUGAAAUCAUCUGUACUACUUCGUGAUAUAGAACAACAAGCUGAUGAAAUCAACGCCGAUGUCAGUAUUGUCGAAUUGCAUCGAGAAUGGCCGGACGAUUACGACAAAGCCUGGGCAAUAUUACCUAUCAUGCCGGAACUUGUAAAUUCCGAGGCGAUGAAAAAAGAUUGGGUUAUGUUCCUUGAAGAUUCCACUGUUAUUAACAUAGAAAAAGUUCUAAAAGUUUUGUCAAGAUUUGACUAUAAAAAAGAUUUGUUUUUAGGUAGAGGACUUUACGAUACCGACAUGGUGAUUAUACAUCAUUUUUCAUCAAGAAAAGCCCAAGGAGGCGGUCGUUUCCUUUUCCCAGAUUUCGACGUUGGUUGGGUCCUGAGUAGCAUCUUAGUAAGAAAAGUUGGCGACGAUUGGUUAAAAUCUCCACCUGGUAAAGACUUCCUAAUUGACUUAAAACAUGAAAUAGCUGUCCAUCUUAGCGAUAAACACAAUGUCGAACUUACGAAUGUUGAAGAAUUUUGUGGAUCGGGAGAAGAAACUCCGAACUGUGCUACUAAUGUUUUAAAAGACAUUCCGAUUUGCGAUGAUAAAAUUACUCUGGAUGAUAUUCUUGUUAGUGUUAAAACUACUCUAAUGUUUCAUAAAGAUCGUGUGAAGGUUGUCAUGGACACUUGGGGGCCAAAGGUUAAAAAUAUUGUAUUUUAUAGCAAUUAUACUGACCCUUCUAUUCCUACUAUCGACUGUGGCGUGCCGAACACAAUACGCGGUCACUGUGGCAAAAGUGAUGCAAUUUUAAAAGAUUUCUUGAAAAGAGCGGAAGUGAACGAUUACAAAUGGCUUGUUGUGGCUGACGAUGAUACUAUAAUGAGCGUCGCUCGUCUUGUGCAGUUUUUGAAUUGCUAUGAUCAUGAAGAAGCUACAUUUCUUGGAGAAAAAUACGGUUACGGACUUAACAUUAAAAACGGUUACGCUUAUAUCACAGGGGGAGGUGGAAUGGUGUUUAGCAAACCAGCAGUCGAAGUUUGGGUGAAAGAGUGCAAAUGUCCGUCACUUGACACACCAGACGACAUGUACCUUGGUCAAUGCUUAUUUCGCAAAGGAGUAAUCUCUACUCAUUCAACGUUAUUUCAUCAAGCACGUCCUCCCGCGUAUGCAAAAGGUUUUCUUGCGAAUCAAACCCCGAUUUCGUUCCAUAAGCACUGGAUGAUAGACCCAAUCAAAGUUUACAGCGAUUGGUUUAAAAAAGCAGAUGCUGGUUUACCGACCUAUAACCACGCAGUUGCUCAUUCAACCGUAUCCACAACGCCACAACCUAUCGUGGCUCCGACCCCUUUACCCCCCACACCGUUGGAAAAUCCACUGAAAGAUGAGCUUUGAUUGUGGACUCAGAUAGAGCAGAUAUACUUACACUGGUGCCUUAAUUAUUGCCAUUCUUGCUGUUUUAUCAAGUUUUGUUUUACAAAAGCAGAACCCAGAAAAUUUGGUUCAUAUUCUGGAAAAAACAUAAUUUUGCUUAAACUGUAUUAGAUUUACUAAAAGUUUGAAUACAAUCAUCAUAUACGUACAGAAGUUCAAUUGUUAAAUUUUUUCUUUUUUUAGAAGUACCGUAACUAAGAAAUUUAUGUGUUCUGUUUUUGAGUUACUCUGCAUGUGUAUAUUAGUAUUAAACUAUAUUAUUUACUUUUAGAAUUUAGAGACAUUUGUCAUAAUAAUACAGGGUGUUCCAAAAUAAAUGAAACCCACAAAAUUGGUAAUCUUGGGUGUAAUAACACCCUGUAUAACACUAACCAAAGGUCUAUAAAUCUGUUUGUUAUGUUCCGGUUGAGGUAGUAAAAUCACUCCUCAUCAUUGAAUUAUAUAAUUUCAUAUAAAAGUGUGGUACUAUAUCUAAAUUAUGUGUGAGUUCCGCCCCUCUAUGUUACAAUUUAGUCGAGGAUUCUUGUAAUUUUCACUUUGAAUUUAUAUAUAUAUAAAACCAACUAACUAGCGGACAUUUAUGGAAAAGUUAUUUCUAUAUAUCUGUGUUAUCGGGCGGGCACCUUUUGGGACCGUGGAGUCUGUAAUUGAUAAGAAGAGACUUGAGGAAAUUCAGAAGCUUCUGUGCAAACCAAUUUCUGAUAAUAUUUUACCACUAUGAAAAUUAUGAAUUCGUAUUUCGAGAAGUUUAUAAAUAAGACUCCCACUCUAAAGCCCUGGUGCCUUCUAUAUUAUUCAACUAUAUCUCUAGAAAGUUCUUUUAUUUAUGUUGUGAUUAAUUUGCCUAUUUUGAUUAUUGACUGAAAAUUUAGUAGAAACCGCUGCUUAGUAAUGUUCCAGUUUUUUUCCCAUAAGCCGUUCUGAGAUUAUUUCAUAUCUACUUCAUAGUAGUGUAUUUACUUUUCUUUUGGAUGUCGUAAAUAUGUUGCAGUUUGUUCUUCAUUUUGAAAUUGUUUACUGAUGCAAGACAAAAAAUAAAUUAUUCUGUAAUGAAUAUGA